AUGGUCUUCCGCCCGACCCUCGCCAGCGUGCGCGACAGCUGGGACUACGAGACGCUCCUCCUCCGCCGGUCUGCCUCUGACUCCUAUCCACUGAAGUGGGAGGUCCCUGCCGGCACCGCAGACCCUGAGCUGGACCCCACCAUCAUCUCCACCGCCGUGCGCGAGCUCUGGGAGGAGACGGGCUUGCGCGCCCAGUGCAUCAUCUGCCCAAUCCCCCUGGGAAUCGCCGGCAACGCCGGCGUCUGGAUCGACGACGAAGGCCGCGAUGCCAGGAUGGACCCGGAGCUCAGCGUCUGCCUGGUCCCGUCCGCCGGGAAGACGUGGGCCGUAGUCACCUUCCUCGUCAUGGCCGAGCCGGGGACCGAGUGGAACGAGGUCGAGCUUCGGCCGGAGGAGCACUCCGAGUACGCCUGGGUCACCGAGGAGGAGGUCAGGACCAGCCGCAUGAAGAGCAAGAACGGGGCCCCGUUUGAUUUCGUGAGCGAGGCGAUGCGGCUGACCAUCAUUGA